AUGGCGGUGAAGGUGUACGGGUGGACGAUCUCGCCGUUCGUGUCGCGGGUGCUGCUGUGCCUGGAGGAGGCCGGCGUCGACUACGAGCUCGUCUCCAUGAGCCGCGACACCGGCGACCACCGCCACCCCGACCACCUCGCCAGGAACCCGUUCGGGGAGGUGCCCGUGCUUGAGGACGGAGACCUCACCCUCUUUGAAUCCCGGGCGAUCGCGAGGCAUGUGCUCCGCAAGUACAAGCCGGAGCUCUUAGGGUCCGGCAGCCUGGAGCAGUCAGCGAUGGUGGACAUGUGGGUGGAGGUGGAGGCCCACCGGAUGGAACCACUAGCGGGCGCCAUCGCUGUCGAGUGCAUCGUCGCGCCUGUCCUACAUGGCCGCGAACGCAACCAGGCCGUCGUCGACGAGAACGUGGAGAAGCUGAAGAAGGUGCUGGAGGUGUACGAGGCGCGGCUGGCGUAG